AUGAGCAAGGUUCUUUUCCCGAACUUCAAGGACAUCACCAUGGUGACUCUCUUCGGCAGCGCGCAGCAGAACAAGGCGGCUGGCACCAUCCGCCUCACUAGCCAGCCGCACUCCGCGGGCGGCGUGAUCCUGCGCACGCCUCUCCUCCUCCUGGACAAAAAAUUCGCCAAUUCGACGACCUGCAAGCCGCUUGCUUGGCGCUCCGUCUUUCAGUUCAAGUCGUCCGGCAACGCUGACGGCUUGGCGUUUGUUAUCUGGUCCAAGCUGCGGAACCUCGGCUCGCCGGACGGUUACCUCGGGUACGGCGGGCCGGCGGUUCGUUAUAAGAAGUCUCGCAGCAUGGCUAUAGAGCUGGACAUGGCAAAGAACACGUGGGAUCCUAGCGCGACGCACGUGGGAAUCAACACCCGCGGCAGCAUGAAAUCCCUCGCGUGGAGGGUGCUUCGCGCGCCUUUGAACGAUUCUAUCCCGCGACGCGUGUGGAUCGAAUACGACGGGCAGUCGCUGAGCGUAUCGGUGGGCAAGGGCUCGAGGAAGCCCAAGGCACCGCUGCUGCGCUACGCGAUUAACACGUGCAACGCGCUGAAGCAGCCUGGGUACUACGUCGGCAUCACCGCGUCCAAUGCGGACGGCCAGUCCUCGCAAGAAAUCCUCGCCUGGAGCUUCUCCGCUUCCCCCUCGACGUCGCUGUGCCCCAUGUGCGGGAGCGUGACAAACCCCAAGAAGAAGAUCAGCUGCUGCAUGCCGUUCCAGUGCUGCAACGGCGUGUGCCUCGCGCCCACGGAGCUUUGCGCCGGCACCACCUGCUGCGGAUCGCCCGAUAGCGGUCGCGUGUGCUGGGGCGUGAAGUGCUGCAGUGUAACCAGUCUGUGUAUGACGAAGCAGAAGCAGCCUGUCUGCUGUCCGCAAAUCGGAAACAGCACGUGCUGCAUGUAA